UUAUUAGUUCUGUGAAAAAACUCAACCGUGGAUUCGAAGGAGGCGGGUUUUCGUUCGAUUCCAAUGGCGACCGGAAGUACGACGUCGAGGGUUUCGAAGCGCCGUUGUGAUAGGUGUGUGUGUGUACGAGGCGAAAAGCGGCAGCCGCGGCAGAGAAUUUUUUUGGCAGUCGGCAGGGCCGGCAUGAGAUAACCCCGCGUAGUUCUAUUAAUAAAAUGUCUACGGUGUAUAGCCGCGAUAUUAAACGGUUAAAUGUUGUACGAUUGUAACAACCGGUACGUUAUUUUCGUAUAAAUGCAGAAAUCAAGGAAUCAACGAGAAAACUGUGUUGUGAUAAAUUAAGAAAAUAAAUGUGCGUUACAAAGAUACACGAGGAAUAUGGAUCAAUUGAUCAUUCUCGUGGCGGCGAUACAUUUGUUGUACUGUCCGUUCACCAAAGUCGAAGAAAGUUUCAAUCUUCAAGCUAUGCACGACAUCCUUUAUCACGGCUUUAACCUGACCGAGUACGAUCACCACGAAUUUCCGGGCGUAGUACCAAGAACUUUCAUCGGACCACUGGUCCUAUCAGGCUUUGCUUCACCGAUCGUUGCAACCAUCACACAUUUCAAUCUUAACAAAUUCUGUGCCCAAUACGCUGUGAGGGCCGUUCUAGGAUUAUUGGUGAUUAGCACGCUAAGGUUGUACCGACAAGCGUUACAAACAGUUUUCGGACCACAAUUUGCCAAAUGGUUUGUCGCUGUGACCGUAACGCAAUAUCACUUUAUGUACUACCUCAGCAGGCCGUUGCCAAAUAUUAUGGCCAUGCCUUUGGUUUUACUGGCUCUUUACGGAUGGCUCCGACAAAGUCAUAUCACGUUUAUUUGGUCAUCGGCCGCAGCAAUAAUAAUAUUCAGAGCCGAGUUGGCGAUGUUGCUCGGUCUCUUUCUUCUUUACGACAUUGCCAGUAAAAAACUCACAGUGCCAAGAUUGCUGAAAAUUGCAGUGCCAGCUGGUAUAUUUUUCCUAGCUGUCACAGUCACCAUUGACACGAUUUUUUGGAGACGCCUUCUCUGGCCGGAAGGAGAAGUUUUUUACUUCAACACUGUUCUCAAUAAGAGUAGCCAAUGGGGUACUUCACCUUUUCUCUGGUAUUUUUAUUCGGCUCUUCCACGAGGUCUGGCACUCUCCUACGUUCUCGUACCUCUCGGCAUGCUUUGGGAUCCGCGAGUACGAGCUCUCACUGUACCUGGCCUGGUUUUCGUACUAUUAUUCUCAUUUUUACCCCACAAAGAGCUGCGAUUCAUUAUUUACGUGUUUCCACUACUGAACGUCAGCGCUGCUGCAGUUUGUCAUAGAAUUUGGGAAAAUCGAGGAAAAUCAGCGUGGAACAGUUUCUUGGCUCUGUGUAUUCUCGGACAUCUUACCCUGAACGCUAUUUUUUCAAUGUUUCUAUUGUGCGUCGCGGGCUCGAAUUAUCCUGGUGGUUUGGCGAUCGCGAGAUUGCACAGGCUCGAAAGAGAGUCGAAUAUUCCUGUGAGCGUUCAUAUCGACGUAUUGACAGCGCAAACGGGAGUUUCUCGAUUUACGCAAACAAACUCCAAGUGGACGUAUUCGAAACAGGAAAAUCUAACAUUCGACGAUCCUGAGAUAUUGAAAUUCACACAUUUGUUGAUGGAAGCCAAAAGCAGAUAUUCCCCAAAUAUAAAACCAUAUCUCAAGACUCACGAUAUUCUUGAUUCGGUUGACGCAUUUUCGCACAUCGCUCUAAACUACAAUUUCAUACCGCCGAUAAAAAUCAAAACGAAACCAACUAUUUUUAUUAUGAAGAGAAAGUCUAACAUAAUUUACGAUCCGGCGAAAGCAGCGCUUUCGGAAGAACCACCGAAAGAGGAUUUUUAUGAGGACGAAGAAAUUGAAAUUCCGUCUGAACCCCCGGCGAAAGCUGCAACGAUAAAACCGACACCGGUCAUCAGAAUCGAAUCAACGGAAAAAAUGAAAAAAGCUGUGAGAAGUGCGGAAGAGACUGCGCGAAUACGAAUAGAAUUACAAAGUCCGCCUCCCUUGAACGAUCCAGGACUGGACAGCCUGGAAGAGCUUGAAGAAUUGAUUGACGAAAUCAGCGUCGAUUUUUUUGAUUCCAGUUACGAAACGACUGAACAAAUGAGCAACGAGCUACUGGAUGAGAAUAAAGAAAAAAUCAUUGAAACGUCGGAAGCCGAUGAGCUUCUCAGAGAAACGGAGAGACUGCUGAAAGAGCGUCGAAAGUCUGAACCACAAGUAUUGGAAUUGAAAAUAGAAAAACGAAUGAAAAAAGCGUCGAAACCCGACGUGACUCCAUCUCCACAGUUAGUGAAAAAAAACGAGACUCCAACGAUCGAAUCCCAUCGUGAAGGAAGCGGGGGAGUGAAAGAAGCAGUGAAAAAAAUGAUUCAAGAAAAGAUGCAAGAAGUCAAAGUGAAACAAAUUUUGAAUGGAAAUCCUGAAAUUCCAACGGUUCCACCGAACCGCGUGCCAAAAAUGCAGCUGAAAGUCAAGUCUGAAAAGCCCGAAGUAUCGAGAAAACCAAAAAUUGUUGUUAACAAAGAAUUGGUAGAUGAGGAAGAGCGAACGGUGUUGGCUAACGAGAGAAAAGGCAACGAGGAAAAAGUCACGAGGGUAAAGGAAAGUAUACGAAAUAUAAUAAGUCAGUUUCGUGAAUUCGAAAAGGAUCUUAUCGAGGAUGAUCCGAUAACGAUGAGAGAAUGGAACGAGGUCGAGGAUGAAUCACGCGAGAGUGAAAUCGGUGCAGCCUCGAUCGAAGAAAAUAUCAGCGAGAUGGAUAAAUUCAUCGUCGAAAAUCAAGAUCCGCAGGUUUUGAACGACGCGAAAAGCAACUUGAAGGAAAUCAUUGAACAAUUCAAAGUCCUCAAGAGCGAAUUCACUUCCGACGAGGAUGAUCAGUUCGACGAAAUCGCAAGGAGAUUUGAGGAAAGACCAAUUUCCGAGACACUCGUACAUUUUAGCGAUGCUCUCAAAAGUCUCGUACAACGACGCAAAGAUAAAAUCAAAACGCUCGCCGUUGACGAAAUUUACGGAGACGAAAAAUCGGCCGCAAAAGCAUCGAAUUUACCGACGAGGAAUCCUAAUCUCGUGAAAAAAAUAAGAUCGAAGCUCAGUGCCAAAGAACCGAAAAUUCUAAAAAUCGAAAACAAUGGAAAUCGGGGAAGAAUGGAAAACAUGCGAGACAACGUUGUCCAGGAAAAUUUUUCCGAGGGCACGAGUAGUCACGCCCGGAAAGACGCAGCUAGUACAAAUAUUUGACUUUUUUCAUUGCAUUAUUUCGUGGUUUCUUUCUGGAGAGAUCCCGCGCGGUUGCUUCGCCAUAAAUUCUAAAUGUAUUUUUAUUUCGACAGGCUCAAGUUCAAGAAAAAAUAGAUUCAAACCUUGUUCACUGUAGUCAACAAUUUACUCAUCAUUCAAUUUGUCGAAACUCCAUAAGAUCAUUGAAUUAAGAUUGAAACUGAUUCUUUUAUAAAAAAAACUCGUGAAAACAUGAGGCCUCAACGAGAAUCAAAAGAAUCAUUGAACAAAAAAUUGAAAUUGUUUUUCGAUUUCUCGAUUUAAUGUAAAUAAUAUUUCAAUCUUUCAGUCCUCAAAUAAAAGAUUAUUACGAAAAACCGUUCAGUUAGACCAGAAUUCGUGAAUUAUAUCCAUAACGGAAUAAAAUAGAAUCAACUAACGUUUAUCAAAGUAGAUUUAGAACUGAUCUUGAGAACAGCAAUUUUUCUCACGAAAUGUUAAUUUUGCUGAAAUAUGUAAAUAUGAAUUUUAGAGGAUUAUUUUCAAACAGAAAUUAAUAAUGUAAAAAGAGUCGAUCAAAACUGUUUUUUCUUGCACGAGAGUCAGCUGAAAGAUUCUGUGAUACCAACAACAUUAUUUGUAUCUAAUGCCGCGUGAAAUCAAAGUAUCAACAUCGAACGUUUGCACUGUUAUUUCGCAUUUAGAAUCAUUCUCUAUUCCAUCUUGGUAGUCUUUAAUCGUUUAAAGCAAAAACGAAGCAAGUUUUUUUGCUGUCAAUGAAUUUCUCGCUUCCGGUGGUGUACUUUUUACCGAGCUACCUUGAAAGUGCCUUAAAAAUCUCCUUCCCAACUUCAUUUAUUAUUAUUACUACUACGAUAUUAUGACUUUAGUUGCAGCGUAUGUAAUACGAGGUAUGUAAAAAAUGAAUAAUAAGAAUUAUUAUUUGAAAAUAA